GCUCCAGGUAAUUCAGGAUCUGCUUACUUCAACUACAAGAAAACGUUUAGUAUUGUUCUUAUGGCUGUGUGUAAUGCCAAGUAUCAGUUUACUUUAGUCGAUAUUGGAGACAUUGGACGACAAAGCGAUGGUAGUGUCUAUGGUUGCAGUCAUUUAGGUUAUGCCAUUGAGAAUAAUCUACUGAACAUUCCAAGUGAGAGCAAGCUAACUAAUUCAGAGAAAGUCCUGCCAUACGUGUUUAUUGGUGAUGAUGCGUUUGGUUUAAAAACACACAUGAUGAAGCCUUUCCCUUCACAAAACUUACCACUUGACCAACGUGUAUUUAAUUAUAGAUUGUCGCGGGCACGAAGAGUUAUUGAGAACACAUUUGGUAUAGCAGCCAGUAGGUUCAGAAUAUUCCGCAAACCAAUCAUUGCAAAUGUGGAGAAGGUUAUUUUGGUAACGAAAGCCGUUGUUGCUCUCCACAAUUUUCUUAUGACAAUUAAUUCAUCAAGGGACAAUUAUAAAUACUGUCCCAGGACCUUCAUGGAUCAAGAUGGACCUUCGGGGUUAAGAGCUGGGGAAUGGAGAAAAGAUAGAAAUGCAGUUUUGGGGUUGCAGCCAAUUUCCAGAACUGGUUCAAACAACUAUUCAAGAGAUGCUGCUUCAGUUAGGCAAGGAUUUAAAGAUUAUUUUGUCUUUGAGGGAGCAGUGGAAUGGCAAUGGGAAUUAGUAAGUCGCACUGUUAUUCCCUAUGAUGCAUUUUUGGAUAGAUUAACUCAACCCAUGUAG